AUGGGCCUCUUGCCGUUUCCCGUGCCUGUGCGGCCUGUGUUUGCCCGGGUGUUGCUGCCGCUCCGUAUGCCGUGUGGGUUCGGCGCUGCGAGCGGCGGCAGUCGAGGCGGGCAGGAGUCUGGAGAGUCUGGAGUGCGACAUGCAUCUCACCAACGUCACCUCGCACACCGUCCUCGCCAAGGCACGCUCCCCACACCUCCCCUUGCUCUCGCGCUCUCUCACGCUCUCUCGCGCUCUUUCGCACUCUCCCUCGCUCUUACUCGCACUCUCGCGCUCUUUCGAACUCCUGCUAUCCUGCUCUCCUGCUCGGCCGUUUGCUUCCAGGCAGCCGCGCUUUGCUCCGCUCCAUAUGCUCUGCUCUGCUGCCGCACACCGAGUGACGUCUGGCUGCUCCCCAGCAAUCCGCGGCGCUACAAGUUCUCAUCGGGCCCGAAGCUGCUGCUGCCGCCCUACUCUAUCGCAGACAUCCGAGUGACGUGUGAGGCGUUGAGAGCGCGGCCGUACUGGAAUGAUAACAUCAACGUGGAAUGCUACCGUGCUGCUGAUGAAUCCCUGCCGCUCUCCAUCGAUAAUGACGCAGCACCGCUGAUCGGAGUAGCCAAGCUGCGCCUGCCAGUGCUCUUCCAGGACUUGGGCGGCCCUCUCUCCUCCUCCCCCUCCAUCUUCUCCUCCUCGUCCCUCUCUCGCGCCGCCAACACGAGCAUGAGCGGGAGUGCAAGUGCGAGUGCGCGGGCGUCUAUAGCGAGUGGCAGUGUGCGCGCGGAUAGCGCCAGCAGUAGUGUGCUCAACUCAGCAUGCGAUGAUUUUUUAGAGGCUGCUCGCAGCGUGGGCGAGGCGCAGGUGAAGCAUCGGAACGAGUUCAUAUCGGAGCUAGGCCGGGCCCUCACGGACAGCAAGAAGCAGGCCACUGCUCUACUACACGAGGUGGAGGAGCUAAAGUGGCAGCUGGGGCAGGCGCAGCAUCAGAGCAAGCACCUCAAGUCACGCGUGACGGACUAUGAAGCAUUGGGGGCAGGCAGUGUGGAUGAGCGGAUAGAGGUGCUGCGCACACACCUUGCAGAGGCGGAAUGGAACGCGGAGCAGGCAGCAACAGACGUGUGGGAGAAGGACAAGGAGAUCAAGGACCUCAAGGCCAAGCUGGCGUCCAUGGAGUUGGAACUGCAGGCAAUGACGGAGCGGGAGGAGGCGUUGGUGGCGCUGCAGGAGCGCACAGAGGAGAAGCGCGCGGGGCUGGAGGAGGAGCUGGCGCAGGUGCAGGAGGAGAUGCAGCGCGUCACACGGCGCAAGGCCGACAUGGAGGCGGACAUGCGCAGGCGCGUGGCGGAGGCGGAAUCAGCCAUGGCGGCAGCGCAGGCGCGGGAGAAGGGGUUGGAGGAGCGGCGCAGGGCGGCGGUGGUGGAGGAGCGGAAGCUCAAGGCGCGAGUGCUGGAGCUCAAGACAGAGGUGGCGCGCGCUGGCACGCACAGCACUUCCUCCUUCAAGGCUGUCGCUCAGGUGGCAGCGCUGCGGUUCCAGAAGGAGCGCUUGCUGCGGGAAAAGGAGAACCUCGAGAAGAAGCUCAAGGAGGCAACAGGGCAAGGUGCAGGGGGAGCGGUAGCAGUGGCAGCAGUAGCAGCGGAGGCUAGCAAUGAGACUAUUCAGAAGCUGGAACAGGAGCUGGCACACACGCAGGAGAUGCUGGAAGCAGAGAGGAGCGCAGCAGCAGAGGCAGCGACACAGCGAGAGGCGAUGAGGGGAGAGGUGGAGGAGCUGAGGCGGGAGGUGGAGGCAUUGAGUGCUCGCAGCAAAGAGGAGGCCGAUGGGCAGCAAGCAGAGGAGCAGGAUCCGAUAGCGAGUGCAUCGGAGGAGGAGUUGAGGGAGCAGCUGCAGAGUGCAUUGGAGCAGUGGGAGAAGACCAAGAACUUCUCCCGCCUCCUGCAGGGGCAGGUGUUUGAGCAGAAGAAGCGGAUAAGAGAACUCGAGGGAGAACUCAAACGGUCAGACGCAGGCCCGCUAAAGGAGCGCCUGGAGAAGGUGGAGGAGGAGGCACGUGCACUUGGGCAGUAUGUGGAGCAGCUGGAGCGGGAAAGGGCACAGGGCGGGGCGGACCCAGCAGAGGUGGAGGCGAUGAGGGCGGACCUGCAGGCCAUGCGCGAGGAGGUGGGGCAGCGGCGCAUGGAGCACGAGCACCUCAUGCAGGAGCUGAACAUUAUGCACCGCAACCAUCAGGAGGAGCUCGCCGAGGCUCACCGCCAGCGCGAUGCAGCGACGGGGGAGCUGCGGGCGCUGCAGCGGCAGCUGGAGGAGGAGGAGGAGGCGCGGGCGGAGGCGGAGAGGAGGCGCGUGGAGAGCGAGAGGCGGCGUGCAGCGGUGGAGCAGGAGAGGAACGAGACGGAGAUGGAGGCGAGCACUCUCAAGCAGAAGCUGUCGCGCCUGCAGCGCCAGCUGUCGGAGCUGAAUUAUGCACGGAGCAAGAGCGGGGAGCAUGAGGAGCGGGCGGUGAAGGAGCAAGCAGCUAAGGUGGUGCAGCUGCAGGAGGAGGUGGAGCGGCUGAGCAAGAUGGGGCAGGAGGCGGAGCGACUCAGAGCUGAAGUCAUGGCCAGGGACGCCAAGCUCAAGGCAGAGGAAGCAAGGAUAACACAGUUCGUAUCCAAGCUGAGCGAGUUCACAGAAUUGAACGAGACUAUGGAGAGGAAACUCAGGGAGCAGAGCGCAAUGGAAGCAGCCGUUUACGAGGUGACAGCAGCAGACACGAGGAAGCCAGGGCACGUGGUGAGGCUGAGGAAGAAGACGGCCUACAGCUGCGCCGUGUGCAAGCUCGCAGGCAGGGGGCUGUGCUGGCGCUGCACCCACUCCACGUGCGCAGACUACAUCCACCCGCAAUGCCUCACCAAGGGGUGA